CCGGGAAAAACGACGGAACGGCAAAAGAAGGAUAAAAAACGUUACGGCGGCGGCAGCGGCGAAACCACCGACAAUACCGAAGGGGGACUGCAAAAGCUGAUAAGUCCCCCCAUACCUGUAAGAACGAUGGAGGAGACGGAACGGAUGGAGAGAGGGAAAGCGGAGAAGAUACCGUUCCUCCUCGCCCCGCCGGAAGACGGAAAGCAUAUGCUUCCCUUCGAUUCAUCUUCGAGAGAUAAUCGAUAUGGGAAGCUAUGA